AUGGCAUCUUACAUUUUGAAAGAAGGCGUUGCCAAAGUAUCUGAAGUGUUCAAUACGCAAUUUCCGAAUAAAAUUUAUAAGUCUGACAAAGCAGUGCAGCGACUUUUACAAUUACCGGUGGUAAUUGUGAAGGGUGAAUUCCUGUUUUUAACCGAGAAAAGUCCCGAUGUCAACUACAAGAUAUUGUUAGAACUGCUUCCAAAGAUGUUACCAGCAGAGAGAGAGGUUGGAAGUCGAAUUAGCAAGAAGACCCUUAGAACGUUAUGUCAGUUAGCAUCAACUGAAUCAGAUAGGAAAUUACUAAAAUAUAUAGCCACUUGGGGACAGUCUGCAAAACACGCGAAAUUAACCUACGGUAUUGAUGACAAUGUUAGACAGGUUCAGCAGGUGAACCAAGCAAUGUUGAUGGCAAAUGAAAUCCAGAAAUCGGUAAUGAAGCUUGCGACUCUGGAAGAUACAGCUCUUUUUAACUCCUUGGGCAUACCAAAAGACAUUUCCAGUGAAUCUGAGUCAGAUGAAUCGGAUUCAGAGACUGAUUAUUUCAGUAGCGAUUUAAAACCAGAAUUAGAACUGAAACAAACUACCACGGGGUCAAACGUCUCACCUAACCUACACGCCAGUGAAACACCGCCAAAUGAAGUAUGCUUGUCGUGGUUGAAAGAGAGUAAGUUUAAUUGGGUUUUAUUUCAUCAGGAGUGUCUACUACGUUUAAAGCAUUUGCAUGAAGAUGUGUUUGAUGAACUGCUGACUGUCUUUGCAAAUAAUCUCUCUGCGUCCGGCGUAAACGAGGAUGAACUGGCUCAGCUUUAA